AGGCCGUACAGACGAAACAGUUGCGCAACUAUUGAGUGUCUCCCUCCCCUAAACGCAGCUGGAGAAUGGCGUAUGGGUACACCCGUCUACCUAAAGCCAUAUACCGAACUGAACUAAAUUAUUGAGUGUCGUGAAUGCACCCGUUACUGAGGACAAACACAUGAUCAAUUCUUAUAUAAUAUAUUAUAUUUAUAAGUUAAAAAUACAUGAUUUCAAAUUAUAAGUAUUGCAGUAUUAAAAAAGAUUAUACGGAUAUUAUUAAAUUUUAUUAUGAAUUCAAACACUAUUCCCAAGCCUACAGCCCCAUCUGUACAGGAAUUCAGUAUCAAAGUACCAAAAAAUAGCAAGAAGAAGCACAAUGUAAUGAGAUUCAAUGCAACACUGGAUGUAGAUUUUUCAAAAUGGACACAGGUAAAAAUGGAACGGGAAAAUAAUAUGAAGGAAUAUAAGGGUAUAGAAGAAGAAAUGCCCAAGUUUGGUGCUGGAUCUGAAUUUGGACGUGAUGCCAGGGAAGAAGCUAGAAGAAAAAAGUUUGGUAUUACAAGUCGAAAAUAUAAGCCAGAAGAUCAGCCAUGGAUCUUGAAGGCAGGAGGAAAAACUGGAAAGAAAUUCAAAGGUAUAAGAGAAGGAGGAAUCAGUGAAAAUGCAGCAUAUUAUGUUUUUACACAUGCUACCGAUGGUGUUAUAGAAGCUUUUCCUUUACAUGAAUGGUAUAAUUUUCAACCAAUUCAGAGAUACAAGGCUCUCAGUGCCGAAGAGGCUGAGCAGGAGUUCAGUCGUAGAAAUAAAGUGAUGAAUUAUUUUUCUCUAAUGUUACGCAAGCGGUUAAGGAAUGAUGAAGAUGGUGGAGAUGAUGAGGAAUUAGUGGAGAGUGGUAAAAGCAAGAGACCAAGUAAGAAAGAAAAGGAACUAAAAAUUUCAGAAAUGGAUGAUUGGAUGGACAGUGACGACGAUGAGUCAGGCAGUGAUGAAGAAGAAACUAAAAAAGGAUCUGAUGAUGAGGAUGAUCCAAAAAAGAAAAAAAAAGGCAAAGGUCAAAUACUUCAAAAGAAAAAGAAAAAGAAAAAUGCUUCAGAUGAUGAAGCAUUUGAAGAGAGUGAUGAUGGUGAUGAAGAGGGACGAGAAUGUGAUUAUAUUUCUGAUUCUUCUGAUCCUGAAUCGGAAUUGGAACAACAGAAAGAGAUCAAAUCUGUUGCGGAAGAGGAUGCUUUGAGGAAAUUACUCGCAUCUGACGAAGAGGAGGAUGAUGAGGAACAAACAGAUAAGAAAGAGAGUGAAGAAAAUAAAGACGACGAUGAGGAGGGGAAAGAAAAGGAUGAUAAAGAUAAAGAUAAACUCGGUAAAGAAACCGAUAGAAGAAAAGAUAAGAAAAAAAAGAAGAAAGCUAAGAAGAAGGAUCAAAAAAGAUCCUCAUCGGGAAAAGAUUCCUCAAGCGAUUUCUCCAGCGAUUCGGAAUCUGAUUCUGAUACGACAUUGAAAGAAAAGGACAAUAAGAAGCCCAAUAGCGCGCAUAGUUCGAGAUCUGCGACACCAACACCAGCUGCGUCGGGAGUGGUCGAUUCUCUUAAAAGAAAGCAAACUGGAUCGCCAGAUCUAUCGCAAGCAAAGAAACUAAAAUUGGACAAUUUUAAUUUAGUUCCGACAUCGUAUAUACCAGGAGCAAGUGAAUCGGGCAUUACGGAAGAUGCAGUACGACGAUAUCUAAUGCGUAAACCCAUGACGACAACCGAGUUAUUGCAAAAAUUCAAAUCGAAGAAGACGGGUCUUACGUCUGAGCAACUCGUCAACAUCAUGACUCAGAUAUUGAAGAAAAUCAAUCCAACCAAACAAACCAUUAAAAACAAGAUGUAUUUGUCAAUCAAGGCACAAUCCAACUGAUUCUAGUAACUCUUACGAAUGAGCCUUAAGUAAUAUUUAUAAUUGUUCGA